AAACUUUUAGUUCUAUGUAGUGUUAUUCAUUGAAACGUAUUUAGAGGUGUAGAUUUGGCAUCACAGUAAUCUAUAAAUUUAGUGGGAAAUUUAAACAUAACGUAUUGGAUGAAAAACAUUUUUCUAAAAAUAAAUGAUCCAGAAGUCACCUACAUUCUAAAAAUAUUCCUUUCCUCUUGAAGUUUCGAGUUGUUAACACUACAAUUUAAUACGCAUUAAUUUACUAAAAUGGCAGAAGUUCAGGCUACAAAAAUUAACCAAGAAGAGUUGAUUAGAAAAGUUGGUGAUUUAGAAAAACGUCUGGAGACUAAAGAUGCAGAAAUUCAAGUUUAUAAGAUGUUAGUGUCCCAAAUGGAGGAAGAGGCUGCGCAGGCUAAAAAAUACAAGGCCCUUCACGAAAAACAAACCGAAGACGUGGAUUUCCUCCGUACGGAAUCCGAGAAAACUUUAACCAAAGCGAAAAGUAUGAUAUUCGAAAAAACGAAAGUAAUCAAAAAUCAAGAAUUGCAAAUAGAGGCGUUCACUCAACAAAUCGAAUCUCUGAGAGAAGUCAUCCGCAUAACCAAAGAUUUAUUGGAAAUUCGCAACUUGGAAGUGCAGCAAUUAGAAAUAAAAAUAAGUUCGAUGGAAGGUAAACAGAAAGCAGAAAAGGAACGUUACGAUUUAAUGCACAAAAAAUUAGAAAUGAUGAUUAGACAUAAUGCUGAACUUAAAAGGGAAUACGAAACUCAGUUAUGCCUUUUUACCGCCCUCAGAGAUAGAUAUAACGAAAGGGAAUUAGCCAAAGACGUAGUUGGUAAUUUAAAAAGGGAUAAAAACGCAGACAAUAAAAAUUUAGAAGCUGCAAUAGUUGUAAACAACGAAAAUCAACCCGGAAAUCUUCCUGAACAAAAUUUAGUUGAAGAUAAUACAAAUACAGUAGAUAAUAAUGUCGAUUCUGUAAAUACAGAUAUGAAUUCACCCGAAGUUACCAAUCAACAACACCCCGAAGAGUUAAAACAACCCCCAGCAGAAAUUCUUGUCCAGAAUACUCCUUCAGAUGAAGUAGUAGCUGAUAUACAACAUUCUAAUGAAGUAAAUAAUGAACAGAUUGAUAAUACUGAACAGAAAAAGGAAUAAAUCAUUUUGAAUUAACCUAAUUUUUACUUAUAUUUGUUACGAGUGAUGUUGAAAUUGUUUAAACAAAUAGAAGUAUUAAAAUAAAUAAAAUAAAGUGUG